AUGACAUUGGCGGAGGAUCAAUCCAUUCCACCCCAGGUGGGGUUUCAGCCCGAGGUGGGGUUUCAGCGCGCCAUCGGGCUUUUGGAAUUCGAUCAGAUCCGUCUGCGCCUGGCGGAAACCACCCGCACCGCCUUGGGCGGCGAGGCCGCCGCCGAACUCGCGCCAGCGUCGGACCCGCGCGACGUUGCCGUGCGGCAGCAGGAAACCGCCGAAGCCCGCCGCCUGAUGGAUACCACGGGCGCCCUGGAACUCGGCCCGGAGGAGGAUCUCCGGCCGGCGGUCCAGCGCGCGGUAUUGGGCGGCGUUCUGCGCGGCGAGGAGCUCCGCUUCGUGGCCGCGCUGGCCGCGGCCGCCCGCUGGAACCACGGUUCCCUGGCCCGCCGCGAUGAUCUCCCCGUGCUGGCGGCCAUCGCGCAGAACCUGCCCGAAUUGCCCGAUUUUGAGAGCGCUGUCAACCGCGCCAUCGGUCCCGCCGGCGAAGUGCUCGAUGACGCCUCACCGGAGUUGGGGCGUCUCCGGCGGGAAUCCCGCAACGCCUGGUCUUCCCUCAACGACGUGAUGCAGCGUUCGCUGCGCCGGCACCAGCGGUCCGGCGUUACCCAGGAGGACAUCGUCACCGAGCGCAACGGCCGCAUGGUCCUGCUCAUCAAAACCGAGUUCAAGGGCCAGGCUCCCGGAAUCGUCCACGACGUUUCCGAUAGCGGGGCCACCGUGUUCAUCGAACCCAUGCCGGCCAUCGACCUGGGCAACCGCUGGCGCGAGACCCGCCUCGCCGAGCGACGCGAGGAGGAGCGCGUGCUGCGCCAGUUGUCGGAAAUGGUGGGCCGCUACUCGGACGAUAUAACCCUCAUGCUGUCCCUGCUGGCGCGGCUGGACCUGGCCGCGGCCAAGGGGCGCUACGCGGCGUCGCUGCGGGCCGUGCCCCCCACGCUGCUGCAACGCAACGAGCCGCGUCGCAUGGAGAUCACGGGCGCGCGCCAUCCCCUGCUGACCGGCGAGGUUGUGCCCACCACCAUCUCCAUCGCGGCGCGUGAGCCCGUGCUGGUCAUCACCGGCCCCAACGCGGGCGGCAAGACCGUCGCCCUGAAAACCGUGGGCCUGCUGGCCAUGAUGGCCCAUGCCGGCCUCCAGGUGCCGGCUGACGACGCCGUGAUGCCGCUGAUGGACGGGGUGUACGCCGACAUCGGUGACCAGCAGAGCAUCUUCGAGUCGCUGUCCACCUUCAGUAGCCAUAUCCGCAACCUGCAACGAAUCAUGGACGUUGCCACCGACCAUUCCCUGAUAUUGAUCGACGAGCUGGGUUCGGCAACCGAUCCUGAAGAAGGGUCGGCAUUGGCGAUCGCCCUGCUGUCUCACUUGCGCGACCGGGGAGCCAUGGUGGUGGCCACCACCCACCACCGCAACGUGGCGCGGUUGGCCCAGGAGGAGACGGGGAUGGUCAACGCCAGCGUGGACCUGAACCCGCGAACGCUGGAACCAACCUACCGGCUCACCCACGGCAUCCCAGGCCGCAGCUACGCCCUGACCAUAGCCGCCCGGUUGGGCCUGCCGGAUGCGGUCAUCACCGGCGCCCAGGCCCACCUGGAACCGGGCCACGUUCGCACCGACCAACUGCUCCAGGAACUCCAGGACGAGCGGCUCACCGUAUCGGAGCUGCGCCAGCAGGCGGAGCAGGCCCUGAACGGCGCCCGCGCCCGGGAGCAGGAGAUCGCCCGCGAGCUGGAGACCGUAGAGGACACCAAGGCCCAGCUGGUGGAGGAUGCCCGCCGCGAGCUCGCUGAGCAGAUCGGCGACUUGUCCGGCCGGAUCCGCCGCGCCGAGCGGUCCCUGGAACGUUCAUCCGUCGGCGUCGACGCCCCGGCACGCGAUGUGGAUCUGCGCGCCGAACGGGAGCGGCUGGCGGAGGCGCAGCGGGAGGUGGUGUCCCCCGAUUGGGCUCCGAUUCCGGUGGAACGGCCGCCCUGGUACCACGAUCUUCGCACCGGCGACCUGGUGUACAUCCGUGGGGUGUCCCGUCCGGUGGAAGUGGUGACCCCGCCCGACCAGCAGCAGGAAGUCGAGGUGCUGAUCGGCAGCAUGCGCGCCCGCCUGCCGGUCUAUCAGCUCGACCGUCCGGCGGAGCGGAUCCAUCCGGCGGCGGAGCAGGCCGGCGUGGUCUACCGACGGCCCGAAAGCAAACGCACGCUGAGCCCCGAGGUCAACCUCCACGGCUACCGCGUCGAUGAGGCGCUGAACGUGAUCGAUUCGUUGCUAGACGAUGCCGCGCUGGAGGGGAUGUCGUCGCUCAAGAUCGUGCACGGCAAGGGUACGGGCGCGCUGCGCCGGGCCAUACGCGAAUACCUGUCCGGCCAUCCCCCUGGAGGUACCCUCAUGGCACAGAUCGCUGGCCUUGGCCACGUUGGCAUUUACGCCACUGACCUUAUGAACAUGCGCGACUUCUACACCCGUGUGCUCGGGCUGCAGAUCGCCGACGAAGACCUGGAACAGCGCCGCAUGGUGUUCCUCAGUUCCGACCCCGUGGCCGAGCACCAUGAGUUCGUGCUGAUGGAAGGCCGCGUCACCUCCGACGACGCCAAGGUCAUCCAGCAGAUCUCCUUCGCCGUUCCUUCCAUCCAGGAUAUGCGCGAAUACAAGGCGCGCAUCGACGCUGAGAGCGUGACCAUCGACCGGAUCGUCAGCCACGGCAACGCCUUCGGAAUGUACUUCUUUGAUCCGGAAGGCAACCGCGUUGAGCUGUACUACAAGACCGGUUUCCCGGUUCCGCAGCCCCACGGCGACCCGCUGGACCUCAGCCGCACCGACGAUGAGUUGCUGGGCGAGGCCAAGGAACUGCUGCACACCAAGCGCUAA